CAGCAUCUGCCCAUCGCAGUUCAACUCUCUCCUCUUUACCCUCUCGUCUUAUUUUCUUCAUCGCUGACCUUUGUCGGGGAUCAUGUAGAUGCCCCUCUGCAGCUCUUCGAAAGGCAGCAUCUUGUUCACUUCCCCAGUAACUACAGCUCUCUUUGACUUUCGUGGACUUGCUCUGCUCCCACCCUCUCUCAGUCCUCACAUGGGGGAAGUUCCCUCGGUCAAUACUUUUAACACGACACGAUUCACUCUCCCUUAUUCUUUUCAUUCCGAACCGUUUGCGGAGAAUUGCAUGCAGCUCGAGAGCGCGGGAGUGAAAUCUCGACCGUUUAGCUCUCGAUAUUCUCAUCUUCUCAUAGCGACCGUGAUCGAAACAAGUGUGCAAGAUUAGCUCCCAGAAUGAGUGGGAUCGGUCGACGAAGUCGAACGAGAUCGAGGCCAUCGAGUGGCAGUGGCAGCAGCCCUGCUCCCGCAGAAGGGAACGAAACCUUAGAACUGCCUCUCAAAGCUCUUGACACAGCCCAACGCGCUCCAGACGAAUCCUCAAUCCUCUCCGACGAGGCACCCUCCCCACAAACAGACGUACCAAUGGAUGAAGCGGGCAUCCCAGAACCAGAGCUUCCUGCUGAUAUAGCUGAUGACCUACCGGCUUUCGCGAGAGAUGAUGAUGCCCUCGAACCAACUAUUUCGCAGAUCGAUAACAAAGACGACGAUCGGUCCAGUAGCUUGAGCGACCCGGACGAAGCGCCCGAAAACGACGAAUUGUUGCAAGACGAGUCGUCCGACGAGAGCGAUAUCUCAGAUGCAAACGACUCCGAAGCUGAGACGGAACGUUUACACAGCUCGCCUUUGAAAGAAAGGACGCCUCACGAUGUGGUCUUCGACCCCGAUCGAUCAAUUCCCGCUUCCCCGAGCAAACUAGCUCACGUCAUGACGGCAGAUGAUACCAAUGAAGAAAUUGAGGCUCCUGCCAAGGUUGAGGAUGACAAUGUGUCCGUGUCCGCAAAGAGCGUCAAUGAUCUAGAUGAUCUCCCUUCUGCCGUGACAUCUCUGGCGGACUCAAACAUCGCAGCUGGUCGCAUGCCUUCGCCGCCUGAGCUAGCAGGCAAGAAGAGAAAACGGCUUAGUCCGCAUAGUCGCAGCAUCAGCCCAGAACAAGGAAACAGCGCUGAAGCCACGAAAAAGCGAUCGAUCCAGGAAGAGAUUAAUGGUAAUGGGGUGGUGAAGCACGAUAGUGACAUUGAAGAAGAAGAUGAUGAGGAAGAAGAGGAAGAAGCUGUCUUACCUCCCGAGGAAAUAAAAAAGGCUGACCACGAAGCGUCUGAUGAGGACCUGGACAACAUACAAGCAGAUCUUGGUGAGCCCAAGGAGUCGGAGGAGUCUGAACAGGAAGAAAUACCUGCCGUGGCCAAGGCACCCAAGGGCCGAACCACGAGACGCCGCGCUAAGCAAGCCAAAGAAGAUGAGAUGGAGGAUACUGAAAUGGCCGAGGAGGAAGCUGAGGGUCGACUUGUAGCGAACGAAACGGAUAUGGUAGAUGAGAGCGAAGACAUUGGUGGCAUUGAAGGUGAGACAGAUAUUACGGCAAGAACUGAGGAAGAGGUGAUGAAAAAGAAGGCUGCUAUGGAUGCUCUGGGCGCAAUUGAGAAGAACUUUGCGACAUUCAGGGACAAGCUUUACGAUGAGCGAUUGGCUCAGCUAAAUAACGAACUUGCGAUGCUUUCCGACCCGAACUGCGUCCAUCCCGAAUACUUAGCUAUGAUGCGGUGCAUCGAUGCGCGCCGGGAUGAAAAGAUACAGCUGGAGCAGACCCUUCUGGCAUAUAAGCUCAAGGCAUUGCAAGUGCGAAGUGUUGCGGAACGGGCCCAGAUACAUGCGCAGUAUUAUCAAACGGUUCGGGAGAUCCGUGAGCGAACCAUGGAGGAGGUCGGUAGGGAAUGGUACAAGAUCCAAAAAGACCGACGAACUUGGGAGGGAAGCGUGCCUGAAUUCUCCUAUCAAUUCCCGACGCGCCGUUCGCAGCAAGUCACACAACAGACGGCUUACAAUCUCGAGGUCUCUGUCAUAUCUGGCGUGGCCAAAUACGUGGGAUUCCCUGCUGCGCCGGAGCUCGAAGGGGCUCGACCAUCCGAAAUCGACGCAGACUUUGAACGUAUGGCGAUAAAACCUCAAGCGCGUCGCACAAAUGCCCUCCAGAACAAUCAGAUGCGAUCGGCCGCCUCAACGCCUUCGACAACACGGCCCAAGCCUACUGAGGAGCAAUUACUCGAGCAGGCCGCCUGGGCAAACCCACAUCAACCAGUUCAUCAAACGGCGCAACAGCCACCUCGACCCUCGUCGCAUCAGCCGCACGCAGGCGGGCCCUUUACUACUCCUGCCGGUCCUCGUCGAAACACUGAUGCUCCACCUACCAAUGGGUCUGUGUCAACCGUAGGAGCUUCUACUUUACCUGCUUCAUCUGCUGCUGGUACACCGAUGACGGGAGAACGGCCCAAUCAUUCGAACCAAGCGAAUGGGAGUAUGUUUGGCGAGAAUAUCUCUCCGUUUCCUCGUGCAGGUAACUUUGCUUCUUCGGGCGGUAAAGGCACAGGCAAGCACGGGUCCCCAAGCGCGACUCGCGAGACGGGCGAAGUUCAAUAUCCCGAUUCUACAUCGAACCGACCCCCGCAUGAUCCGCAGUCGGAGUCACGCCGCCGCUCCUCCAAUCCUUUUGAUGGACCCUUUCCGACUUCUCGUACUGGCAGAUUCGGAAGCACUUCUGGGACCCAAGAGACGCCAGCAGUCAAGGACGAGGAAGGUACGGAGCGGAAGCUAAUGUCAUCGCCUUUGAAUCAUCACUCCCAUGGUCCACCUGGAGGCAUCGCCGCCGGCACUGGUGGGCCUCGUUUCGGCAGCCGCUGAGAGUCUAAAUUUGAGCAUCUUUAUGGUCUCUUCAUCUUCUCUUCUUUCUUGAGCCGUGGAAAAGAAAAGUAUUAAAUAAACAACGACGAUGACGACGCGAGUGGAUUGGGCGUUUUAUUUGGCGAUGGUCGCUUGGGCAGCUUACAUGGACUCGGUCUGGGUUGGACUCUGCGCAUUAUUUCGAUGGUGGAUUCGUUAUUUGUUACACGUCGAGAGCUUGUACAUCAUGACAUGAAUGGGACGAUCUGCGGAGAGGCAUUGUUAUUAUCUGAAGUCAGGUCACGGCGUCCAAGUUUGCUUUAUUUCCUGCUCCUUGUACUUUGACUCGCUGUGCUUUUUGACCUUACCAUAUGUCCAUUAUUCUCUGGUAGGGCAUAAUUUCAAUUCCAAUGUAACUAUAAUCCUGGUAGUCAAAAUAGAUGCCAAUUCCUUGUCGAUCUUGACGUUAGUGCACAUGGAAUUGACAUGGAUGUGCUCCUUUU